GGGGGUGAGAGGCGGGCUAAGAGAGCCCCCCUUUUCUUUUCAGUUCUCAAUCAGGUCGCCACGCUGACAAUAUACCGAGACUUCAUGCCUCGUUUUGGGAGUCGGUCGGUUGUGUGUGAUUUGAUUUCGCCAUGUCUGGUCGCGGUAAGGGUGGUAAAGGCUUGGGGAAGGGGGGCGCCAAGCGCCAUCGUAAAGUGCUCCGGGAUAACAUCCAAGGUAUUACCAAGCCAGCGAUCCGUCGCUUGGCUCGACGCGGGGGGGUGAAGCGUAUUUCGGGCUUGAUCUACGAAGAGACCCGGGGAGUGCUGAAGGUGUUCUUGGAGAACGUGAUCCGCGAUGCUGUCACUUACACUGAACAUGCCAAGCGAAAGACUGUAACGGCUAUGGAUGUGGUUUAUGCCCUGAAGCGCCAGGGCCGCACGCUCUAUGGUUUUGGCGGCUAAACGGGUCACUAAAGUCAACAGGAUAACACAAAGGCUCUUUUAAGAGCCACCCACACUUUCACAAUAAGAGCUGUGAUUCUUGUGUUCUCAGGCUGUGAUGUGGAAACUUAGCAUAGAAAACUAUACUUAACAUAUUUAUACUAAAUAUGUAUGGAUGUAAGCGAUAAUUAAUGAUUUG